UUUAAAUGGAUUUUUAAAAAAAAUAAUUAAUUAAUUAAUUAAACUUCACACGUUUCCCAUGACAAUAGUUACCAAAUAAAGCAAAAAAAAAUCGUUUCUUUUUGUCAUCAACUAAAAACUCAGGCAGGAGGAAAACCAAGAAAGAAAGCUGUGCAUAAUAGUUUGGAAAAAUGGAAGGUAUCAUCGUUAGAAGGGUCAUCCCCUCAGAUAACAGCUGCCUUUUCAAUGCUAUUGGGUAUGUUAUGGACCAUGACAAGACCAAAGCUUCGGAAUUGAGACAGGUUAUAGCAGCAACAGUGGCUAGCGAUCCGGCGAAAUAUUCUGAGGCAUUUCUCGGAAAGCCAAAUGUAGAGUAUUGUUCAUGGAUUCUCGACUCGGAAAAGUGGGGAGGUGCCAUUGAGCUUUCAAUAUUAGCAGAUUAUUAUGGACGUGAAAUCGCAGCAUAUGAUAUUCAGACAUCCCGUUGUGAUUUGUAUGGUCAGGAAAGGAACUAUUCGGAAAGAGUCUUGCUGAUCUAUGACGGUCUCCACUAUGAUGCUUUGGCUAUGUCUCCGUUUGAGUAUGCUCCCGAGGAGUUUGAUCAGACUAUAUUUGCUGUACAAAAGGAUAGAACCAUCGGGCCGGUUGAAGGCCUAGCACUGAAUCUGGUCAAGGAUCAACAAAGUAAGAGGAGAUACACUGACACUGCCAACUUCACUUUGCGUUGUGGAGUAUGCCAAAUUGGCGUCAUUGGCCAGAAGGAGGCUGUUGAGCAUGCACAAGCAACGGGCCAUGUAAACUUUCAAGAAUAUAGAUGAUAUAAAUCUGAGAGGUUAGUGGCAUUUUCUUAAGCUCAGCUCCUUCAUACCCUACCUAGUUCAUCGGACUUGUAUCAUUUGGUUGAUAAAUCAUCUUAUUGAAUUCUUGGAUAACAAAAUGGAGUUGGUUCCAGUUGGUUCGGGAACUGUUGUUGUAGGAUGGAUGUUGUGUGAGAUGAAAAUAUUGACUGUUUUACUGUUGAUUAGUCCUAUAUAUUUGUUACGGCAAUGAAAAACAUUUUACAUUCACGGAAUGAUAAAAAUAAGACUAUAUAGGAGAUUUUUCUCUUGUUUUUUUUA